CAAACCUCUGAUAUCAAUCACUUUCCUACGCAGAGAGCCACGCGCAGUGCUCGAAGAGCCGGAGCUCGGAGAGGUACAAGAAUGUCGGCGUCGGAGUUACCAGACGAGCUAUGGAGACGAAUUCUGGAAACUGGAAUUGAACUCUUGAACUUCACCUACAAGGAUCUCUGCUGCCUCUCAAUCACUUGCCGCCGUCUCAAUCGCAUCUCCGGAGAGGACUCUUUCUGGAAUUCCUUGCUCUCCUCGGAUUUUCAUCGGCCUCAGCCCCACGAUUCCUCAUCAUCUUCUACCCCCGUUAAAGCGAAACUCCUCUACAAAAUCAGAUAUGAAAGGGACAUUGAGCGGAAGCGCUUGGCGCACAGAAGGAUCGUUUUAAGAAUUGAGAGUGAAGUAGGUGACCACCUUAGGAAGAUUCUGGAGUUGGAGCUUCGGCAUGAGGAGGAGAAACAGAAGUUGAAAAGCGCUGCUGUUGAGUUGGCGAAUUUGCAAAGGGCGAGGCAAGCAUCAGUUGCUCUAAAUGUGUGGCAACCAGAUGUUAUUCGAGGCAGACAAAAACAGGUAGUUGAGCAGUGUAAUGUACCUGUUGAUUUUCGAGUCAAUUCCAUUGAAAUGGAGCUCAGGCUUUGCAGGCAGCAAAUUGAAGGAAUUGAAAAGGCUCUGAGAAUCGAAAAGCGGAGGUUAGAAGCUGCUAAAGAAAAUUUGGAUUCAGUGAAGUAUCAUCCCUUGCAAAACAAUAUCCUCACGCUUGGCAUACCUGGGCUUACGAAAAAGUUGAAAUCUUCACACCAGGUUACAUAGAUGAAAACAAGUAUAUGUGACCCAUGUGCCUCGCUUCAUGCAUUGUUAUCCUUCAAUACAAGAACAUGUAGAUAUUACAGAUAAAUAACACAUAUUUCAGGCCUUGGCGAUUUCAAAAGGCCAAACAUAAAGUAUAUUUACAUGGAGAACAACUAAACCUUGCAUAACCGAGACAUAUAUCAUAGCUUUCACACCUUGGUGACCUCAAAGGUCACAUGUUGGCAGUUUGGACGCAAGGCUCAAUGUGAGGGGAAUGGCCAGAUCUGAAAUGCAAGAGAAGGAUCGAAGAAUUUAGGGUUCGGGAUUGUAUUUAUAUUAGGUGUAUUUCUGUCGGUUCAAAUACAAUAGGUCUCUUGUUUGUGCAAAUAAAAUAAUAUUCUGAAAGAUAGGUUGUGUGUAGGUGGGGACCGACCCAAAAUCCGGGCGAG